AUGAACUCACCAACUUUUCUAGUGAAGAAGGAAAAGACGAAAACAAGUCAACUAGAGGAUAAUGACACGAAAGAAGAUGUAACUUUGGAGGACGUGGUUAGGAGACAAGGCGAAGUUGAAGAAAAACAAGUCAAGAAUGUUGAAAAUCAAUCACACAUCCGAGCAUCGCAUAGAAGGGUAACCAUGGACUCUUCAAGGAAAUACGUAAAAUUACUUGAUAGGAUUCUUGAUUUGGAUAAGAAGGUUGAGGACUUAUCAGCGCGCAUUGGAGGGAAUGAACUUAUGGAGAGCAAAGAAGAAGACUCUAGCCCUCAUGUGCUUUGUGACGCGGUCACAACCUACCAAGAACUUCACGACCUUGAAGAAGGAGAAUCGACGAAAGGGAUGAGGAACCUCCCGGGAGAACAAGCGUUUACAACUGGCUCACCCUUCUAA